UUAAGUCUCAACAAACACUGGUCUUACUUUGGAUAAAAUUUUGGAUCUGAAACACAUAGAGAGAGAAAGAGAGUAUGAAUCGCCACCACGAUCCAAAUCCUUUCGAUGAAGAAGAAGUCAAUCCAUUUUCGAAUAAUAGUGGUGUUGCUCCUGCACGACCACUGGCAUCUGAACCUCGGGGUUUUGGGCAAAAACAUGAUGCUACUGUAGAUAUACCUCUGGAUACAAUGAACGAUUCCAAGAAAAGAGAAAAGGAUCUUGCAGCUUGGGAAGCUGAUCUUAAAAGAAGGGAAAAGGAUAUAAAGCGAAGGGAAGAUGCUGUUUCACAAACUGGUGUUUCCACAGACAAUAAAAACUGGCCACCACUUUUCCCAAUUAUACAUCAUGAUAUAGCUAAUGAGAUACCAGUUCAUGCUCAGAGGCUGCAAUAUCUUGCUUUUGCAAGUUGGCUUGGCAUAGUUCUUUGCCUCGUUUUUAAUGUUAUUGCAGUGAUUGUAUGUUGGAUUCAAGGUGGUGGUGUUAAAAUUUUUUUCCUUGCUGUAAUCUACAUGUUGCUUGGAUGCCCUCUUUCAUACGUGUUGUGGUACAGGCCACUCUACCGAGGAAUGAGGACAGAUAGUGCCUUGAAUUUUGGUUGGUUUUUCAUGUUCUACUUGCUCCACCUUGGGUUUUGCAUUUUUGCUGCAAUUGCUCCUCCUGUUGUCUUUCAUGGGAAAUCAUUAACUGGUAUCCUGGCGGCAAUUGAUGUCAUCUCUGAUGAUAUGAUAGCAGGGGUUUUCUACUUUGUUGGUUUUGGGCUGUUUUGCUUGGAGUCCCUGCUGAGCUUGUGGGUUAUUCAGAAAAUUUACUUGUACUUUAGGGGGAACAAGUAAUAGAUAUAAAAGCAAGGUUGUGCUGUGGUCGUAUCUGGUGGGG